AUGCCUGGCCCCAGUUCUGAAUUCUUAAGAAACUCUCGAGAGGAUGCAUCUCUGAUAUUCAGUGAAGACGACCAGAACAGUCUGCUAGAGCAGUACCAUCUGGGUCUGGAUCAAAAAUGCAGAAAAUACAUGGUUGGAGAGCUCAUCUGGAAUUUUGCCGAUUUCAUGACUAACCAGUGUAAGUGGCAGUUUGGCUCAUGGGAUAAGUCCUGGAUUGCAGCCACAGGUCCUACUGGGCAGCGUCUGGCGCCGCCCCGCCCCUCCAGGCCUGGCACUCGCCCUCAACAAACAUGGCGCAGACGGCCUCACGCGCCUCAGGCCGCAGGCGCGCCGCGCGGCACGCCCACAGGGCUCCGCCCGCGCCGCUCUCAUCCGGUCAGACUGGCUGACAACACAGGGAGCGGGAAGUAUGACUUGGAUGGUGGCGGUGUCCGGGGCCGCUCUCGGCCGCUGUUGUGUGGCUGCGCGCAGGCGCUACUGGGCGGGAUGCUGUACACCGGGGAGAGCCGGUUGCGGGAGAGGCCUCUGAAGCUUCCAAGCCCACUUCUCCGACAAGGGACGCCUGGGCUUCCAGGAGCAGAGGAAUUGUACUGCCUUGAUUUGGGACAGAUUAUCAGAGGUCAGCCCAAGGCCAUCCGCUCAGUCACUCUGUUUCCGCCAUCUUCUGAGGAGAUGCAAGCCAACAAGGCCACACUGAUGUGUCUCAUGAGUGACUUCUAUCUGGGAAUCUUGACGGUGACCUGGAAGGCAGAUGGUACCCCCAUCAUCCAGGGCAUGGAGAUGACUGUGCCCUCCAAACAGAGCAACAAAUACGUUGCCAGCGGCUACCUGAGCCUGACGCCCGAGCAGUGGAGAUCCCGCAACAUCUUCAGCUGCCAGGUCAUGCAUGACGGGAGCACCGUGGAGAAGACAGUGGCCCCUGCAGAAUGUUCAUAGGUUCCUAACCCUCACCCCACCCACAGGGGCCUGGAGCUGCAGGAUCCCAGGGGAGGGGUCUCUCUGCAUCCCAAGCCAUCCAGCCCUUCUCCCUGUACCCAGAAAACCCUCAAACGUCUUUUGUCAACCAGAAA